GCCCACUGGGUUGAGAUAGGUACAGUACCAUCAGAGGAAACCUAUAUAAAGGCUGACAUAGUUUGGAUAACUAGCAGUUACUGUUCCUCAGCAUCCAGGUCUUAGAAGAAGAAAAGACACAAAUAAACAUGUCUCAUUCUUGGGGAUAUGGACCACAUGAUGGGCCAGAAAAGUGGGGAGAAAGCUUUCCCAUUGCAAAUGGAUCCAGGCAGUCUCCCAUUGAUAUUGUACCCACCCAAGCACAACACGACCCUUCUUUGAAGCAUCUUAAACUGAAAUAUGACCCCGCCACUGCCAAGGGCAUUCUCAACAAUGGCCAUUCAUUCCAAGUGGAUUUCGCUGAUGACGAUGACAGCUCAACUCUGAGUGGUGGCCCCAUCACUGGGACAUACAGGCUGAGACAGUUCCAUUUCCACUGGGGAGCCAGUGAUGACAAGGGUUCAGAGCACACUAUUGCUGGAACAAAGUUCCCCUGUGAGCUUCAUCUUGUUCACUGGAACACCAAGUACCCAAACUUUGGUGAAGCUGCCAGUAAACCUGAUGGCCUUGCAGUGGUUGGAGUUUUUCUCAAGAUUGGUUCUGCCAAUCCAAGACUUCAGAAAGUUCUGGAUGCCCUUGAUGACAUCAAAUCUAAGGGCAGGCAGACUACAUUUGCCAACUUUGAUCCUAAGGCCAUGCUGCCUACCUCUCUGGAUUACUGGACUUAUGAUGGAUCUCUGACUACCCCCCCUUUACUGGAGAGUGUCACCUGGAUUGUUAUGAAAGAACCAAUCAGUGUCAGCCCUGCUCAGAUGGCUAAGUUCCGAAGCCUGUUGUUCACUUCUGAAGGAGAGACACCUUGCUGCAUGGUUGACAACUACAGACCCCCUCAACCUCUCAAGGGACGCAAAGUGCGUGCAUCCUUCAAGUAAAGAGUAGUAUCAGUGCCAGUACCCUCCCACAGGCCUGUGCUCUCAACAUAGAGCUUCUUUUCUGACUGCAUUUCAAAAACACUACCAGUGGAAUUGAUAUUGAAACAUCAUAGCAUUUGUUCUUGAUCCAAGUCCUUGGUUACAUACGCAGUAUUGAUAAGAUAAUGUGAAAUGGAAAACAAGGAAGUUGGUGUUCUAGAUUUAUAUUUGAAGUAUAACAGACAAAUUCACUGUCUUUGUUUUUAUUUCUUUUAUUAAAAAUACCCAUUUUAGUGAAAUAAAAAAACUAAAACAUAAGAAGUACCAGCUAAAAAAAUGCUUAAACACUCGGUGCUUUGUGUUACACAGGACAGCUGAAAAUGUGAUUUGCAAAUGAUACAAGCCCAGUUCUUCUAGAUAUUUUUAAUUCUUCAUAAACAGGUUAAUGAGACUAUUUUAACAGCUGUUGAUUGGUCAGGCACUGUCAUUUUUUUAAAAAUCUAAUUCUAAUCAUCACAAACUAGACAAAUUACUGGUGUCUAUACUUUGUGCUUUUAUAGAUAAAUCUUCUAGCUUUGUAGAUUAACAUUGUGCAGAGAAUAUGAUCCAUGUUCUUUAUUAGGAAAAAGCAUGAUGUGACAUUUUAGACUUCAUGGUUCUGUUUAGUUUUAUAGCAAUAUGCAAAUGUGUCAGUUGCAUGAAUGACUGAUCAGAUAUGUUGAAGCUUAGUUAAGAGUAAUUUAAAAGGAUUGGCUUUUUUUCUCUAAGAAUGUUGGACCAUGAUGUCUUGCUGUAGAUACAAUGACAUAUAUUUUUAAAAGCAAAAUUUAGGCCUAAAUGACAAAUAUUGGGAAUGAAUAAGAAUGUCUGCAAAUCAGUAAUGUGAUAGUAAUUUUAUCAGCAAUAAAGAAAUAUAU